AUGCUUGGUUGGCUCAAAUCAAGCUCUCUAAGACCAGCAAUAUUGCUCGGAUCUCCCAUAAUUUUAGCUUUACUUGCAAUAGCAAUCAACUCCAUACAUCUCUCAAAAUACUCAUCUUACUCCGAUUCAUCCACAAAUUGUGCAAGUCUUCUAAAACAUGGCCGGUACAUUGACGACUCUUCUCCAAACCCCAGAGUUUGGCAACCUGAUGGAUGCACCUUAAGAGACUACGCACUAGAACCUUCAGACUUGUUCAACUAUUGCUUUAAUCCAGGUGAUGAAAUCAUCUUUACAGGUGACUCCACCGCAAGACAAGUCUUUUGGGGGUUCACAAAUACCUUUGAACGAGGACAUUUACACAAUCACAAAAGACAAAAAGACAUUACAACUACAAUAAAUAACAUCACCAUCAGUUUUUACUGGAACCCUAAGUUCAACUUUCAAAAACUUUCAAAUAUCUUGAAAUAUUCACAUACUCCAACAGAGCCCGGAACGAAAAGAUACCUUUUCGUCUCUGCAGGGUUAUGGUUUGGCUUAUUUUCCAGUGAAAAAGAUCGUGCCCAAAUGCUACCAAAAUACAAAACUAAACUUGAUGUCUUAUUUGAUUCAUUUGAAAACCGUGUUCCAGGAUCUUUCGAAAGUGUUUACUUUGCUCCUGUAUUUAUCCCUGCUUACCCAUACAUGCGUUCAUUGCGUCGAACCCAAAUGUCACCAGAGUUUUGUCAAAAAAUGAUCAACCAUACAGAUAACCUGUUCAAUUAUCAGCGCACCGGCCACGGCGGCGGCCCCGGUUACAAAGGAGGCAUUCGCUCAUUCAGACCAACUAACAACGAAUCCAUAGACUUCUACCAAACUAACAUCUCCACAUACUACGUCCCAGUCUUUAAUGAGCUAUACAGCGAACAUCAUUAUUCAAGCAGAGAAUUGGGUGGAAUGCAUUUUGUCGAACCUGGGUUUCUCACUGAAGGUAACAUUUUGAUGAACCACAUGUGCAAUGAAAAAGUAGCAAAAGCUUACCGUGAUCAAAACAAAAUCUUCCCCCAAGGAACCUGCUGUGUCCCCCGUCCUCGUGAACAUGGAUCCCUUGUUUUCAUCGGCCUUAUUUUGGCCGUUGUACUUUACAUUGCCUUUGGCUUUCUACGUUCAUGGAUUGCUGUCAUAACAGGCACUAUUGUGGCAGCUGCCUACACAGCUCUCAUCAACCGUUCACCAAAAGUGUCUUUUGUCACUCCUUCUUUCCGCAGUGGUGACACAAUUAUUUUAUUCCAGGUAUGGGCACUAAUCACUUGGGCAUCCCUUGGAACAAUAACAAAAUCAAAAUCAAAAUCAACAACAAUCUUACCUACAACAACAACACAGCAGCAGCAAACAGAUCAACAUGAUAACAAUGAUGAUGAUGACGACGAAGAAAAUUGGUCUAGACUUUUACGCUCAGAGCUAAAGGGUAUUGCCACUUCGCUUCUCAUCGUUAUUGCAGUAUCAGGCUGGGACAGAGCAACUAACCAUGUUAUGGGAGAAAUCUGGUCUCGCGUUUUACUUUCCAUUUGGGCUUGUGCAGAUAUUGUCUCAUUUAUGGAUGAGUAUUCUCGCUCCCAACGCAAAUUAAUUUUUAUUCCUUUAAGAUUUCUUCGUCUUGCCUUGUUACCCUUAGUUCUCGAAGCCUCUAGUGGCACUUUUGGCCGGGUUACUGAUGAAUGGCUUUCGCGACUUUCUGCCUCGUCCCAUUGGUCUCUCCCAGUACGUUUAAGCUUUUGGUAUUUUUUCGUCACUUUAUUUUGUCCCAUUAGCAAAGUCAUCUCGGAUAGAGUUGUCUCCUGGGUUGGUAUUGAUGAAAAUUCAUUCUUCAGUCAUACUGGUAAAUCCUACCUAAUUGUCAUUUUCGCAGCCCUCAUCCAUAUUGGCUUCCAGUUUGGCGCUGACAAAUGGCAGCCACUCCGUGUCCUUAUUUUUGACUACUGGGUUAUUGCCGCCGCCAUUGUGGUUGGACCUUCAUGGCAUGCUUCUGUCAAUAAUCGCCGUAUCUUUUUGGGCGCUAUUGUGGCUGCCCUGGUCGCUAUAAAUAUUGCCGGAAUGUCAUUUGGCUCCUUUUUCCCUCAAACUUAUGCAACAAUUGAACCCAUGGUUCAAGCGGAAUUCUUUUCUGGUGUUAUUGACGCGGGUCUUGAUGCUCGUGCACGCUCUUAUAAUGCCUUUUGGCAUUUCGUUGUCACAAUCAGUCUUUUAUGGUCAUACUCUGUUGUUCGCACAAUUAUCAUGGACAUGCGCAUUGUGCCUUCUUCUUCAUCAAUCAUGCCUAUAAUACGCUCCUCGCCAACUUUCUCCCGUGCUUGGACUUUCCUUGGUCCAUUAUCUUAUGAGUUACUUUCUCUUCGACCGCAUGUCAUUCUUGCACAUGGUGGAUCGCUUCUUGUUCAUUUAAUUCCAACUGGUAUUAUCAUGUCAAGUGCUGUGAAGCGCACCAUGCUUGGUACAGAAGACCACUUGUACCCUAAAGGCAUUGAAUUCGAAUACGGCACAACAUUCGGUGCAGGAAAGUCAUACGGGUAUGGGUUCCAGUACAGUGUGAGCUGGAACGUUAUUGUAGAGACUUUGCGCAGAACAUUUUCGUUGGCUCUAGUUCUUUCAGUGGCAUUGUCUAUUGCAUGGGCAUGUUCUAGUGGAUGGGAAGCUUUGAUGAGAAGCAUAGAGAUUUCAACUUAUGACAUUGACGGUCAAGUUGAGUUUGAGUUGGUUGAAAAUAAAAAUGGCUUUCUAGAAGAAGACAACAGCAUCGAAGAAAACAGCAUCGAAGAAAACAGCAACGAUGAUAGCAUUAAAAAAGAUAAUACUGAAGAUAUUGAUAAAGAAGAAAAUGCUGGUAAUAGUCAUAGAAAAGAAGAAGGAGAAGAAGAAGAAAAUAUUUCUCACCAUGAAGAUGAAGAUGACGAUCAUGAUGACACUCAGCACUUGCUGCAUAAUGAUAGAGUAGGAGAUGAAAAUAAAAAUAAAAAUACCCGGCCCAUAGACCUAACACCAUUAAAUUAA